AUGGCUUUUGAUGGUACUCACGCUUGGAUGUUGCUGGCUCUCAUCUGGUCAGCAACUUUUCUGAGUUGCGCUGCAGCUGAUGUCGCUCAAAUCAUCUCGCCCGACGGUGUUCCAGGGCUGAACAGUUCGGUAAUCACAAAUUACCUGCAAGCUCGCUCAGAGUACAUUGAUUCUGAGAAGGAACUACGUCAAGAUCAUGCAUUCAAGGAGUCGCUUUCCGACAACGCAAAACGCGCAAACGCCAUUGUGGCAGCCAUUCGCCAAAACGAAAUCGACCAGGUUUGGAGGAAGCCCGGAGCAAUUGGCCAGGAGGACCUCGAGCAAUUCGCGGGAGAGAUGUUUGCAAAGGCGAGAUCGACCAUCGUGACCACGGAGCUAUGGAAGGUUGUGUCUCGAAUGCCCAAAGGCGCCCUGUUGCAUGCACAUCUCAGCGCCAUGCAGCCUUUCGACGUGAUGCUCCAGGCUCUCUACGACACGGACGGCAUGGUGAUCUCGACAUCGCAGGCGCUGACGACGGAGCUGGCGCGCCAGAAUGCGUCGAUCAGUAUCAGGCAUGUCAACACCACGCUCGAGGCGAGCGAGAUCUCGCUUGAAUCCGAGGAUUACAUCUCAGGCACCGAGAUGCCGGUGAAGCAAGCAGCGGCUUCCUUCGCAGGUGGCAAGGACGAGCUCUUCGCCUACCUCAAAUCGAGACUGGUACUUGAGGCUGGGGAGAGCGUGCGCCAUGACCUGGGGGUGGAUGCAAUCUGGCGGACGUUUCAAGCACUUUUUGACGUAUCGGGGCAACUGAUCAGCUACGAGCCUCUUCUUCGCACGUACUACCGCAAUCUCCUCGCCGGACUCGUCGACGAUAAUAUAUCCUGGGUUGAGAUUCGGCAUGGCUGGAGCCCCUCGCUCGUCCCCAAUGGCCAAGAAGACGACAGCCCUGACCUGGACUUCUUCUGGCGCGUGACCGUCGAAGAGAUCGAAAGGUUCCAGGCCACCGACAAGGGGCAAGACUUCUGGGGCGUUCGUUUCAUCUGGGCGGACUUACGAGGUCUCAACCGCACCCUGAUCCUGAACAACAUGAUACAUGCGCUGGAACGCAAACUCGCGUUUCCCGACCUGAUCUCCGGCUACGACCUCGUGCAGCAGGAAGACCUGGGCCAGCCGCUCGUUGACCUGGCGCCGGAGCUGAUCUUCUUCCAAGAGCAGGCCUCGGCGCUCAAUGUGACGAUGCCCUUCUUCUUCCAUGCCGGUGAGACGCUCGGUGACGGCAACGCCACGGACCACAAUUUGUUCGACGCCCUGCUCUUCGAUUCCCGACGGAUUGGCCACGGGUUUUCGCUCUAUAAGCAUCCAGAGCUACUCAAGGAUGUGAAGGACAAUCACGUCAUGGUCGAGGUGUGUCCGAUCUCGAGUGAGGUGCUGAGACUGGCAACAGAUGUGCUGCAUCACCCCAUCGGGGCUAUGAUCGCGCAUGGCGUCGCGACGGCUAUCAGUAAUGAUGAUCCGAGCAUGAUGGGGCAGGAUGCGCCGGGCUUGUCAUUCGACUUCUACCAGGUAUUGCAGGCGAGUGAUAACCUGGGGUUGGCUGGGCUGGGUGCCCUGGCAGAGAACAGCGUGCGUUGGGCAAAUUUUGAGGACCAGUCGCAGGUUGAGUGGAUUAGAGAUAUCACAAUGGGGGUAAAUGGCAAGGGCAUCAAAGCAGAAAGGCUGCGACAAUGGCACGAGAAAUGGGAAGCGUUUUGUCAGUGGGUUGUUGACGAAUACGAGGAUCAAUACCCGGAGUCCUAA